UAAACAAAAUCCCAAAGUUGUGACAACACGUGGAAAAGCCCGUGUGAAAAGCAUUACUGAAGAAGCACGGAACUAGGAAUAAAUACGGCUGGGUGCAUUAACCGGGCCUAAUUCCGUUUAUUGGACGCAUUACCCACUCAAAGACUAACCAUGGGCUUUCGCGGUGCGGGCGGAGGCGGAUUUCGAGGCGGACGAGGCGGAGGGGGUGGAUUCCGCGGGGGUGGACGCGGAGGGGGUCGGGGCGGUCGAGGUGGAUUUCAGGAUUACGGUCCGCCGGAACAUGUGAUUCCCUUGGGUCAAAUGACGCACACGUGUCAAGACGAUUUGGUGCUCAAGGUCAACCAAAAGGACGUGCCCUAUUUCAACGCUCCGCUCUACCUGGAAAACAAGCAACAAGUGGGCAAAAUCGACGAGAUCUUUGGCACGCUGCGCGAUUACUACGUGUCCGUCAAACUGGGCGAGGAGACCAAGGCCAAAUCCUUUAAGAAAGACCAGAUCCUCUACAUUGAUCCGGCCAAACUCCUCCCGCUCCAACGCUUUUUGCCCGGCGCGCCCAGUCGUGGCGGUGGACGCGGCGGAGGACGGGGCCGAGGGGGAGGACGUGGGGGUGCACCUGGUGGUCGAGGCGGCUUCCGGGGUGGCGGGGGCGGAGGUUUCCGUGGCGGAUCGGGCGGCUUUCGAGGCGGAUCGGGUGGUUUCCGUGGACGAGGCGGAUCGGGUGGUGGCGGCUUUCGCGGGGGUUCGCGCGGGGGUGGCGGAGGCGGUUUCCGUGGUCGCGGGCGAGGGUAUUAAAGCGUGUUCACAUAAGUUUGUCUAUUUAUGUGUUCGAGGAAAAAUGCAUUCAGAUCACUCGUGGCUGACUGGGAAUAUCCGUAUCAAUAAAAUGUGCUAUGUCUCAA